UUUAUUGCAGGGACCAUCUGCAGGGCUGACUGGCUGCUAGAGGAUCGCGGACGUUUUAUUGCCAUGGCAGGAAACAGAGGAACCAUCAAGGGAGCUUCCAACUUCAACCCCAAUGCUGAUGCCCAGAAGCUCCGCAAAGCUAUGAAAGGGUUGGGUACCGAUGAAGAUACUAUCAUUGAGGUUUUGGUCAGCAGGAAUUUGUCCCAACGGUAAGAAAUUAAGACGACCUACAAAGCUACUAUUGGUCGGGAUUUAAUGGAUGACUUGAAGUCCGAGCUAAGUGGGAAGUUUGAGAAAGUGAUCAUUGGAUUGAUGACCCCCAUCACCCUGUAUGAUGUGGAGGAGCUGAAAAGAGCGAUGAAGGGGGCUGGGACAGAUGAGGGCUGCCUGGCAGAAAUCUUGGCAUCUCGUACGAACGAGGAAAUCCGGAGGAUUAACGACACCUACAAACGUCAUUACGGAACCAGCCUUGAGAAAGACAUCGUUUCAGAUACUUCCUCCAUGUUCCAGAGAGUCCUGGUAUCCCUGGCAACUGGCAACCGAGAUGAGAGUCCUCACGUUGACCAGGGGCUGGUCCAGCAGGAUGCCCAGUGCCUGUAUGAAGCAGGAGAGAAGAAGUGGGGCACAGAUGAGGGCCAGUUCGUAACCAUCUUAUGCUCCAGAAGCAGGAACCACCUGUUAAGGGUAUUUGAUGAAUACAAGAACAUUGCUAAGAAAGAUAUUACGGAGAGUAUUAAAUCUGAGAUGUCAGGAGACCUUGAAGAUGCCUUAUUGGCAAUAGUGAAGUGCAUGAGAAACAAGACUGCCUACUUUGCUGAACGGCUGUACAGAUCCAUGAAGGGGUUAGGGACAGAUGACGACACUCUCAUUCGAGUGAUGAUCUCCCGCUGCGAGAUCGAUAUGAUUGAUAUCAAGGCAGAGUUCAAGCGCACGUAUGGAAAAUCCCUCCACUCUUUCAUCAAGGGAGACACCUCAGGGGACUACAGGAAAAUUCUGCUCCUUCUGUGCGGUGGGGAAGACUAAGAGAUACAAGAUAUUUUUUCCCCCGUUGACAUUACAUAGCAGCUGUGUGGCUGGCAGUCCCUGUAGGAGAUGCCAAGUAGUCCUAACCUUUUGCAGUAGUGCUUUUAAAAAUGCCAACAAAAUCAUGUCAGCAUUGAUUUUGCCUGCCUCUCCCUCUAAAUAUAAAUUUAAAAAUUGCCUUGAAAAGAAUUAGUCCCUGCUUUGAAACAGGUGGACAAUAUGCAGCAUAGAAUGCACAAUAUAAUCCAAUCUUUUAAAAUCUCAGCUCCUUCGAGUCUAUCCUGCAGAAAGGUGAGGAAGUUCAGUGGAAGCUGAGAAAUGCCAAAUUUCCUAUGAUGGCUGGACAUUUCUUUCCCGUUGGCAAGGCGGAGGGCCCUUGUAUUCAGUCCCACAUAUGUAUCUCUCACCUCCACCCCCAAAAGAUGAUUGAUCAUUAACUGAGCUCGUGAUGCCGUAUUUCACCCUCAUGCGGGGAGUCUGUCCCGCUUACAAGGGCUUAAACUCCAAGUUGGCAGAAAUCUUGCAGGAAGAAUAUGCAACUUCAGACACACUAACACCACUUCCGAGGUUCCUGCUAAUUCCCACUCCCACAGCAGCUCAUAUCAAGUGAGUUGUGUUAAAAAGCACAAAUAUAGGGUGUAAGCCUUUCUUUAUGCUGGAUUUUAGUAAUUCAAGGGAGCAGUUUAAAAAGAAAAUUCCCAGCAAACUCCUUUAUACAGGUAUUAUACUCCAGCCUUUCUAGUUUCUAAACAUGAGCAAUUUGAUAUUCACACUGGACCAGUGCACCCUGAAACAUGCCAAGCAAUCUAGAAAUCCCAGCUAGUGAUCUUUUAAAAAGGCUAUCUAGAGCCUCAUUCGUAUAUUUAGCUGCAAAUAGCCACCCGUUGUACGUGUCCCACACCAUGCCAGAUUUUGGUAUUCCCGUCCAAGUGAUGCAACGGAUCCUUGUUUCCCUGGAACACAAGCAGAGGAGCCCCACCCGCACGGAGCCGUAGCCGAAAGAAGAGCGCUUUAACUUUUGCCUGAUCUAAACUGCUCUGGAAGCAAUCAUGAGCUGUGAUGUAUUUUCCAGAUCAAUAAAGAGAGGAAUCUUGCUGUUUCAAUAAAAA